AUGGACAAGCCACAGCAAACAAGGCCAAUUUCGGCCAAUUCAGUCGCUUCUAGAAUGCCAUUGAAGGACAGCACCAACACUACCACGCUCGCGAAGUCGCGGCAAAAGCGGUCUUUGUUGGACCAACGGGCCGAGGACUUCUCGAGAAGCAACAAGAAAGUGGAGCCGCGUAAAGUUGCUACUAAUAUGAGCGAAUGGCGGGCUGAAUGGCGGAAGAUCUUACCUCAGAGUCUGGUUUACUUCGAAAACGACGAGAACACCGAGACCCAGAUAAAAGAGAGGAACGCGGCCAAACAGGCACUGGAGGCCUUAGGUGCACGGACUGCUCUUUUUUUCAGCGAUAAAGUAACGCUUUUCAUCACCAGGCGCCAGUUCGAGAAGAACAAGACUUAUCCACCCGGUGAUCCCUUCCGUCUGGCUUCCAGCAGUGGUCAUCUUAAAGUGUGGACCUAUGACAAAGUGUUCCGGUUUAUGAAAGACCUCGGAGAGCCAGACCGAUUAGCUGAUUCCAAAAAACUUUCUUCCUUAUUACAACAAGAGAAGCUAUAUGGGCCAACAGACCGUGAUCCUACGGCAAAACGUGAUGACGUUCGCUAUUUCACCGGCUAUUACGUCUACGUCUACGAUUUGAAGCAGCAGUAUAGGCCGAUCAUUGUGAAGGAGUGGGCACUGAAGGAUGCAGAUGAAACAUAUCCUAGACUCCACCGUUCCACCAAUGGGAGAUCGUUAUUCGUUUCCGAUGGGCCCAAAGCACAUUUGAACGCGGAGGCCAGGCGCAGAAAGCGUUUGGCAUACUUCAGACAAAAUGCGGAGUUUCGGGAGUCACUAGUAGCUUGUUCUGCAUUGCCGGGACUAUUCAAAGAUGCUGAGACGCGCAGGGAAUACAAGCUCGAGUGGGAUGAGUUGAAUUGUUCUCCACCUUCGGCUCCAGUGGAUACCGCUUCAAGACUGGUGCCGCGGUUGCCACGGAUGAAUUCAAACCUGGCAUCUAAUGCCAACUCCGGCAUGAAGUUCAACAAUGCAUUUGGCGAGAUCGAGGCCUCUGGUGUGGUUCAACAAUCUGUUUCUACGGUGGCUACAAAUGGUGGUGGUGUCGGCAAUGGGUUGGGUCCAACCAAAGCGUUCACCUCGAGACGUGUUUUGAACGACAAGAAGAAGGUUGUGAGUUUUGACCCUAUUGUUCCUGCGAAACGUGCGGUGGAUGACGGUCCCCAGACACCUCCAAAACAGACGAUUGCCGAGAUGGCCAAUCCACCUAAAACGCCGAACAACAACGCGCCUCGCGAUGAAGACACGCCUAACAAGUCACUCAAACGCAUGAAGAUUGAACAAGCUGUCAAGGCGGAGAGGCGGCGUGACGUUUGUACGGCUGGCUAUUGCGAGAAUUGCAGAGUCAAGUAUGACGAUUUCGAGGACCAUGUUUACGAACCCGUUCACCGCGAUUUUGCUGUUAACGACUAUAAUUUUGCCGAUAUUGACGACCUAAUUGCAAAGAUUCAGGCUGCUCGAGAUCUUGGGCUAUGA